AUUCAACGUGAAAUAUCACGUUAUUUGCUGAGCAAUACUGCAGGUGAGCUCUAAUUUCACGUGAUCUCUCUAAGGAUUUACGUACGUCUUUAAAGCCCUCUGAAUAAUCAACAAGUUUUAAUUGCAAAACUUUAACCGCAAUAUUAUGCAACAAAACUGCAAGAAGUACCAUCAGAUUUUAUUUAAACAAUUCGCUCCCUCUGGAAAAAUAAAAAACUUUGCAUGAUGCUUGUUAGCCCGGGCUGAUCUUCCCGCAAAUAAGACACCUGUCGCGGAAAAAAUCUUGUUAUUGCGUUUAACAUCCCCUAUCAUCGCCACUUAUUAGCCCUACGUCGAUAGCUCGUCGCUCGUCCACGUGCUCGGGCCCUUCCAGCUCAAAGCCUGCGCAAAAUCAGCAGCCCCACAUUGCCACCGACUAUAAAACCGGACGUAAACACAGCCACCGCAGUCUGCUCAUCCCGUGCAAAGUAUGAAUUCGGUGAUUCCGUCGACUGACAACACCAUGGUGUUAAUAACGCUAAACACCUCCGACAGCCGCAGUGUCUCCCCCAUGACGCCGUCCCCCUCCAGGGAGAUCCGGGGCAUCCGGCUCUUCCGGGCCAUCAGCCGGAAGCUGGCGCGCCGCUCCAACGAGGACCUCAACACCGACGUGGACAGCCGCUCCUCCAGCUCCGACUCGUGCUCGUCGGCCAAGAAGGAGGAGCACCUCUCCGGCGACUCCGGCUUCCGGUCCGUCUCCCCCAACCACUCCAGCAGCUCCAGCGAGGCGGGGAGCGACAUCCAGGUGAGGCCGCGCCACCACCACUCCACCUCCGCCGACAGCAUCAGGAGAGUGUUCCAAAACCUGAAUCUGAACACACGCUCGCAGAGCUGCACCAACGCCAAGGAGGCCAAGAGGAAAAACAGCAAGAAGGCCACCCCCAAGCGGAUCCUGCGGUCGCCGGUCACCUACACCUAUGUGAAGGGGCUGUCGGGGCUGCCGACGCAGAGGAUCCCCAAGAACCAGUCGAGGAUGUACAUGAACAAUCCGUGCGGUUGCAGUAUACAGUACAUGGCCGGUUUGAAUCGAUAAUUUUGCCUGGCGAUGAUUACACGAGUUGUGACUGCAGCAAUAUGUGCGUCUCUUAUCCUAAGACUCAAGACUGUAACGAAGGAGAGAAUUCUUCCAAUCCAUUAGGUUUAAAUUUGUAAAUAAAUCAACGUUUUUAUAAGUAUCUAUGUUGAAAUGUUGUUGAUACGGUUAUAUCUUACACCAUGUAUACUAUUUAAGGGACUCAAUGAUUCAAGUAGGCUCUAAUGUAAAGGAACUCAAUUACAAAAAUUGUACUUACAGCACCAAUGUCAGUUUAUAAUGGUACAAAUGUUGUGUAUGCCUAAUUCUAUACUGAUUCUGUAUCUUUUACAGUUUACUAUUGUUCGUAUAAAGCACUGACUAUUCGAAUUAUGCAAAUCCCCACUUAGUGCCUUGUAGAUGUCGACCCUAUUAAACAUUUAAAUUGA